AUGGCCCCCGCGGCGAACAUGGAGCUGGGCAGCGCUGCGAGGAGAGCGGGAGCUGCCCCCGCGCCCCUGGGCGCCUGGAGACCUUUCCCCUCCUCUUGCUGCUGCUGCUUCUCCUCGCUGCUGGAUCUGAACAGCUGGCUGCUCUUCUACGGCUUCUUGUACCUGGCUCUCUAUGCCCAGGUGUCCCAGUCCAAGUCCUGCGACAAAAUCUCCUGCUUUUCGGGGCAUUGUGUCAACUCCACCUGUGUCUGCGACCAGGGCUGGGUGGGAGACCAGUGCCAACACUGCCAGGGCAGGUUCAAGUUAACAGAGCCUUCUGGAUACUUAACAGAUGGACCAAUAAAUUAUAAAUAUAAAACUAAGUGUACAUGGUUAAUAGAAGGAUACCCAAAUGCAAUACUAAGAUUAAGAUUUAAUCACUUUGCCACAGAAUGUAGUUGGGACCAUAUGUAUGUAUAUGAUGGAGAUUCAAUAUAUGCACCUUUAAUAGCUGUAUUUAGUGGUCUAAUAGUCCCCGAAGUGCGUGGAAACGAAACUGUUCCUGAAGUAGUUACUACAUCUGGCUAUGCAUUGCUCCACUUUUUUAGUGAUGCUGCUUAUAACCUAACUGGAUUUAACAUUUUUUACUCAAUUAAUUCUUGUCCUAAUAACUGCUCAGAGCACGGGAAGUGUACGACCAGCGUGUCCGUCCCCAACCAGGUGUACUGCGAGUGUGACAAGUACUGGAAAGGAGAAGCCUGUGAUAUUCCAUAUUGUAAGGCCAACUGUGGCAGUCCAGACCAUGGGUACUGCGAUUUGACGGGCGAGAAGCUGUGUGUUUGCAAUGAUAGUUGGCAAGGUCCAGAUUGUUCUUUGAACGUCCCCUCCACGGAGUCGUACUGGAUUCUACCAAACGUAAAGCCCUUCAGCCCUUCUGUGGGCCGCGCUUCCCAUAAGGCAGUGCUACACGGGAAAUUCAUGUGGGUCAUUGGUGGAUACACGUUUAACUACAGCUCAUUCCAAAUGGUGCUGAACUACAACUUGGAAAGCAGUAUAUGGAAUGUAGUACCUGUAUCCAAAGGGCCGCUCCAGAGAUAUGGACACACUCUUGCUUUAUAUCAG